AUGCUGCGGCGGGCAGCGGUUAGACCGUUACAGAGUGCUUUGGCGAUACGGACACGAACGGCUUCGGCGCCAGUAGGAUGUCAGUUGGCUUAUUUACAGCGACGCUUCCUCGCCGAUAAGAAACCUACUACUUCGACCACUCCUCCAACCGUCGUCCUCCCCGGCAGCUCAUCAACCGUCAAAGAUGCUCCCCCGGUUCCUAAACUCGAAACUCCAGUUACACCUUCUCUAACCCCCAAACCUCCUUCACCAGAAGCCCAAGUCCCGUUAACUCCAGACCCGGCCAAAAUCCCCACCGCUGCUACAGCCCCACCACCCCCUCCUCCUCCACCACCACCACCAAAACAAACCCACCGUCUUCGUAAUACCUUCCUUACUCUCGUCUCUCUCACAUUACUAACCUACACCGGUGGCGUCUACUUCUCCCUUCAAAACGACAACUUCCACGACUUCUUCACCGAGUACAUCCCCUUGGGCGAAACCCUAGUUCUAGAAAUCCAAGACCGUCAAUUCCGUUCAAGAUUCCCUCAUGCGAAUCCAGGUACCAUCCCCAACCCGCCAAAUUACGCAUCAGUCACCAUUCCAACACGUAGCGGUGCAACAUGGAAACUCAGCGAGAAGGAGGAUCCGAGCAAAGCUCAAUUGGAUAGAGAUGGACCAUAUAAGAGUUCUAAGAAGGAUGAGGGGAUAAAAUCGGUUCAUCCCGAUGCUUCGGCUGCUGUUACUGUUAUUUCUGAAAAGGAUAUACCGGGCCCGAAGUCUGCAGGAAAUCAUCUGGAUAGUUCGAAGAAGAAGGCCGGAACUUCAUCACUUAGUUCUCCGGCUAUUAGUCCAGCAGCUGUUGAACAUCAUGAUCCGAUAAUGCACGAUUUGGUUAAGAUUAUAAACUCGGUUAUUGAAGUCAUCAAUACCUCUGACGCCAAGAAACACUUCGACGAUGCGAUUGUCUCCGCGAAGGAGGAAGUUAAGAAUGUCAACGAAAAGAUUCAAGAACUUAAAGCUACCGCUCAGGCAUCGACUUCUUCUGGACUCGAGGCAUCAGAGGUUACUGAGAAACUCAAGGAGCAGGAAAUCGAAUUCACGAAGGUCGCUAGCGGUAUCGUGCAGACCAUGGAGGGCCAAUUGGCACAAGUUGAGAACAAAUGGCGAGAGGAAUUCGAAAAGGAACGAGACCUUCUCGCCGAAAGCUACAAACUCAAACUAGAGACUGAACUCAAGCGAUCCGACGACUUAUCUGAAGCUCGCCUCAAGAACGAACUCCUCGAACAAGCAUUGAAACUUAAGCGCCAGUGGAUCGCAGAGCUAAAGGACCGAGUGGAACAGGAGCGAGACGGACGACUUGGAAAACUUAAGCAAUUGGCCGAAGAAGUUGAAAAACUCGGUGAAGUGGCGGGUGUUUGGACCGAAACUCUCGAUGAGAACCUACGAACCCAGAAGAUGCAUGUCGCUUUGGAAGCCGUAAAGGCGUCGGUCAACAACCCUGACCAACCCCGUCCGUUCGUUAGGGAACUGGCAGCAUUGAAGGAAGUCUCAUCGGAAGAUGAGGUUGUAAAAGCGGCGAUUGCAUCAAUAAACCCCGUUGCCUACCAAAAGGGGGUUUCUUCACCAGCACAGAUAAUCGAUCGUUUCAGACGAGUGGCUGUUGAAGUUAGAAAAGCCAGUUUGGUACCUGAAGAUGCUGGUGUGUUCGGACACGCAUCGAGUUGGGUGGCUAGCAAGAUAUUGUUUACAAAGACCGGGUUGGCAACCAGUAAUGACGUCGAAGCUAUAUUAGCGAGGACGGAGACUUAUUUGCAGGAAGGAGAGUUGGAUAAGGCGGCUAGAGAGAUGAAUCAGUUGAAGGGAUGGGCGAAGACAUUGGCGGGAGAUUGGUUGAAGGACGUGAGGGUUUUGUUGGAGGUCAGACAAGCUGUUGAUGUUAUUGCGGCUCAAGCGCGUCUACAGAGUCUUAGGAGGGAAUAG